AUGGCGAUGGCUCUGGCGGUAUUGCGGGACUGGUGCAGGUCGAUGGGCGUGAACGCUCAGCGAUCUCUGCUCAUCCUGGGAAUCCCAGAUGACUGCAAAGACCAGGAAUUCCAGGAGGCUGUGCAGGCUGCCCUGCAUUCCCUGGGCAGAUACCGAGUGCUGGGCAAGGUCUACAGAAAGGAGCUGGGGUCGAGUGUUGCCCUGGUCGAGUUUGCUGAGUGUUUAAAUCGAAGCUUGCUCCCCCGCCAAAUACCAGGCAAGGGAGGGCCCUGGACUGUGGUCUGCCUGCCCCAGGCCCCUGAUGCUGAUUCACAGGAUAGAUCCAAUUGCCCUGCGCAGCCCCAGGGACAAGCAGUGGUUGGCAGGGCGGGUGAGGCAGGAACUGCAGGUCACUCAGGAACUGCAGGGGAGGAGGAAGCUGCAAGGGAGGCGGGAGUCGCAGGUAUGGAGGGAGACACAGGUGAGGAGGAAGCCUUAGGUGAGGAGGGAGCUGAAGGUGAGGAGGGAGCUGAAGGUGAGGAAGGAGCUGCAGGUGAGGAGGGAGCUGCAGGUGAGGAGGGAGGUGCAGGUGAGGUGGGAGCUUCAGGUGAGGAGGGAGCUGAAGGUGAGGAAGGAGCUGCAGGUGAGGAGGGAGCUGCAGGUGAGGCAGGAGCUGCAGGUGAGGCAGGAGCUGCAGGUGAGGAGGGAGCUGCAGGUGAGGCAGGAGAUGCAGGUGAGGAGGGAGCCUCAGGUGAGGCAGGAGAUGCAGGUGGGGAAAGAUCUGAGGGUCAAGCAGGAGCUGAAGGUGAAGCAGGAGUGUCAGAUGAGGAAGGAGCUGCAGGUGACGACGGAACCUCAGGUGAGGCAGGAGCUGCAGGUGAAGAAGGAGCUGAAGGUGAGGAAGGAGCUGCAGGUGCGGAAGGAGCUGAGGGUGAAGCAGGAGCUGAGGGUGAAGCAGGAGCUGAGGGUGAAGCAGGAGCUGAGGGUGAAGCAGGAGCUGAGUCAGAUGAGGAAGGAGCUGCAGGUUACAGAAAUGUUGCAGGCGUGGCAGGACUUCUGAGUAUGGCAGGACCCACGGGCGGGGCAAUGGCUGCGCCUGAGGAAGCAGUUGUGACAGUGGCAGGCGCCAUGGGUGAGGCAGGGCCCGGGACCCAGCAGUGGAGGCAGGCCUCGCAGCCCGUGCUGGACAGCAUGGGCUACCAGGAGCUGGGAACCUUCUCUGGGAUGGAAGAGCCGGGCCACGGGGAAGGGUCCUCUGAGAGCUGGCUGGAGCAGGCCAGCCACACGCUGCACCUGUGGCGCCACGUGUCUGAGAGGGAGAGGAGGAGGAGGCUGGUGGAGAGCUUGCGCGGCCCCGCGCUGGACCUCCUGCGCGGCCUCCUGGCGGAAGAUCCCGAGCUGGCUGCCCAGGACUGCCUGGCCGCGCUGGUGCAGGUGUUUGGGAACAAGGACCCCCGGGGGAGUGCUCGGCUGAAGUUCGUGACCUGUGCCCAGCGGCCCCAGGAGACUCUCUCUGCGUACGUGAUGCGCCUGGAAGGCCUGCUGCAGUCGGCCCUGGAGAAGGGGGCCAUCCACCCGGCCAUGGCGGACCAGGCGCGCGCCCGGCAGGUGCUGACGCGGGCCCGGCUGAACGACACGCUCCGGGACACGCUGAGGAGGAGGCGGCUGAUGAGGAGGCCUCCCGGCUUUGCGGGGAUGCUGCGGCUCAUCCAGAGGACCGAGGCCUGGGACGCCGACCCGGCUAGCAGGGAGCACUUCCCAGGGCAGGAAGAGGCCCGUGUGGACGUUGCAGUCCUGGCAGCAGCCGCCCAGGCCGCCCCGGCCCAUGAGGCCAUCACCGCAGGCACCACUGCACAUGGUGAAGAUACCACCGCCCAGGCCGCCCGUUCCAAGGAAGGGAGCGCCGAGGACCACCCGGCACGUGAGGAGGCCAGUGCGGCAGUUGCCGGCACUGCCAAGGCUGGCGAGGCGGCCCCUGAAGACCAUGGUGCCGCCAGGGCAGCCCCUGGCCCUGGGGAGACCAGCAAGGCGUCCGCGGCCACUCAGGAAGAUGGAAGUGCUGCCGCCCCUGCGGGCCUAGGUCAGGCAGGACCCUCAGAUGCCCCCGGGGUCCCCAUGCCUGGCCGGAUGGGCAGUGCUUCCCCGGUGGCCCCAGGAGGUCCUGGCUGGGAGCCAGAGGGCCUCGCCCAGGCAGGAGGCCAGGAGGCCGAGGAGACCCCCGAGGAGGGGCUCAAGCCCAUCCCAGAAGAGCCGGGAAAUGAGGACGGGGCUGCAGAGAUGAGCCCCCCGGGGUCCACCUCGGGCCACUAGGCUCAGCAGGCCGUGGGGCUGCCAGGCUUGGAGGCAGGGGGAGGCCAGGCCUGGCAGCCUACUGGCCCCAUAUUAGGGGCCACUCCAGGUGCCUGGGCCUCCCUCCUGAGAGGGGACCCCUAUUCAUCAUCCCCUGGGGCAGGUUGCUCCCUGUACUGGCAAGCCCA